GUAACUCCACGACCUACUACGACAACCAGUGCAGCUCCUGCUACAACAACAACAACUUCAGCUCCUACGACAACCACAACAACAGCACCUCCAACAACUGUAGCUCCCACAACAACUGCAGCUCCUACAACAGCUUUAGCAUCUACGAUAACCACUGCAGCCCCAACAACAACAACUGCUGCUCCUACGACCACUACAGCUCCAGAACCUAUUACGACAACCACUGCAGCUCCUGCUACAACAACAACAACUUCAGCUCCUACGACAACCACAACAACAGCACCUCCAACAACUGUAGCUCCCACGAUAACUGCAGCUCCUACAACAGCUUUAGCAUCUAUGACAACCACUGCAGGCCUCACAACAACAACUGCUGCUCCUACGACCACGACCACUACAGCUCCAGAACCUAUUACGACAACCACUGCAACUCCUACUACAACAACUACAACAGCACCUACUACAACACCUGCAGUUCCUACAACUACGACAACCACUGCAGCUCCAGCUAAAACAACUACAACUUCAGCUCCUACGACAACCACAACAACAGCACCUCCAACAGCACCUCCAACAACUGUAGCUCCCACAACAACUGCUGCUCCUACAACAGCUUUAGCAUCUACUUCAACCACUGCAGCCCUAACUACAACAACUGCUGCCCCUACGACCACUGUAACUCCACGACCUACUACGACUACCAGUGCAGCUCUUACUACAACAACUACAACUUCAGCUCCUACGACAACCACAACAACAGCACCUCCAACAACUGUAGCUCCCCCGAUUACUCCUGCUCCUACAACAGCUUUAGCGUCUACUUCAACCACUGCAGCCCUAACUACAACAACUGCUGCCCCUACGACCACUGUAACUCCACGACCUACUACGACAACCAGUGCAGCUCUUACUACAACAACUACAACUUCAGCUCCUACGACAACCACAACAACAGCACCUCCAACAACUGUAGCUCCCACAACAACUGCAGCUCCUACAACAGCUUUAGCAUCUACGAUAACCACUGCAGCCCCAACAACAACAACUGCUGCUCCUACGACCACUACAGCUCCAGAACCUAUUACGACAACCACUGCAGCUCCUGCUACAACAACAACAACAUCAGCUCCUACGACAACAACAACAACAGCACCUCCAACAACUGUAGCUCCCACGAUAACUGCAGCUCCUACAACAGCUUUAGCAUCUAUGACAACCACUGCAGGCCUAACUACAACAACUGAUGCCCCUACGACCACUGUAACUCCACGACCUACUACGACAACCAGUGCAGCUCUUACUACAACAACUACAACUUCUGCUCCUACGACAACCACAACAACAGCACCUCCAACAACUGUAGCUCCCACGAUAACUGCAGCUCUGACAACAGCUUUAGCAUCUACGACAACCACUGCAGCCCUAACAACAACAACUGCUGCUCGUACGACCACUACAGAUCCAGAACCUAUUACGACAACCACUGCAGCUCCUUCUACAACAACUACAACUUCAGCUCCUACGACAACCACAACAACAGCACCUCUAACAACUGCUGCUCCUACGACCACUGUAACUCCACAACCUACUUCGACAACCAGUGCAGCUCCUACUACAACAACUGCUGUUCCACCGACCACAGUGACUGCAGCACCUUCUACAAUAACUACAACUUCAGCUCCUACAACAACCAAAACAACAACUGUAGCUCCCACGACAACUGCAGCUCCUACAACCGCUUUAGCAUCUAUGACAACCACUGCAGGCCUCACAACAACAACUGCUGCUCCUACGACCACGACCACUACAUCUCCAGAACCUAUUACGACAACCACUGCAGCUCCUACUACAACAACUACAACUUCAGCUCCUACGACAACCACAACAACAGCACCUACUACAACACCUGAAGUUCUUAAAACUGUAGCUCCCACGACCACUCCACCUGCUACCACUGCAGCUCCUGCUACAAAAACAACAACUUCAGCUCCUACGACAACAACAACAACAGCACCUCCAACAACUGUAGCUCCCACGAUAACUGCAGCUCCUACAACAGCUUUAGCAUCUAUGACAACCACUGCAGGCCUAACUACAACAACUGCUGCCCCUACGACCACUGUAACUCCACGACCUACUACGACAACCAGUGCAGCUCUUACUACAACAACUACAACUUCAGCUCCUACGACAACCACAACAACAGCACCUCCAACAACUGUAGCUCCCACGAUAACUGCAGCUCCGACAACAGCUUUAGCAUCUUCGACAACCACUGCAGCCCUAACAACAACAACUGCUGCUCCUACGACCACUACAGAUCCAGAACCUAUUACGACAACCACUGCAGCUCCUUCUACAACAACUACAAUUUCAGCUCCUACGACAACCACAACAACAGCACCUCCAACAACUGCUGCUCCUACGACCACUGUAACUCCACAACCUACUUCGACAACAAGUGCAGCUCCUACUACAACAACUGCUGUUCCAACGACCACAGUGACUGCAGCACCUUCUACAAUAACUACAACUUCAGCUCUUACGACAACCACAACAACA